AUGAAGACGACGUUCCCUAACCCCGAUGAUAUCCUAAACUUUACCCUCACGAUCGAACCAGAUGAAGGAAUGUACAAAGGUGGGAGCUUUGUGUUCAACUUCUCCAUCAACCAGAACUUUCCGCACGAUCCACCCAAGGUCAAAUGCACACAGAAGAUCUACCAUCCGAACAUCGACCUGGAUGGAAAUGUCUGCUUGAACAUUCUGAGGGAGGAUUGGAAACCUGUGUUGAAUCUGAACGCGGUUAUUGUGGGCAUGCAGUUUCUCUUUCUGGAGCCGAAUGCUUCUGAUCCGCUCAACAAGGAGGCUGCUGAAGACCUCAGAAACAACCGAGAAGGAUUCCGGCGUAAUGCUCGAACGGCAAUGGGGGGCGGGGCCGUCAAAGGACAGACCUACGAUCGAGUAUUGCGGUAA